UUUCGAUAUUAAUUAAAAUUUAAUGCCGGUUAUAAUCGAUUAUGGCAUACACUUAUUGCCAAUUGCUAUUUUAAUUCUAUUACCAGCUACUAUACUAAUUACCUAUAGUAUUGCUGUAUCACUUAAGCAUGUUACUCCAACCGGCCUUCCUUACAUUAGUGAUACUGGUACAUUUUCUCCUGAAAGUUGUAUUUUUGGACAAUUAUUAAAUAUGAUUGGUUUUUUAAUUGCGAUCUUUGUCCACACUAGAUAUAAUCAAGUCAAAAUUUUUAAUAAAAUAUUGAAUCAAAGAUCAAAAAUUUAUUGUGAUAGGCUUAAUUUAUUAAGUUUGGUGUCAGGAAUAAUGUCUGCCUUAGGACUUAGUUUAGUUGCAAAUUUCCAAGAGACUAAUGUCAUAAUAAUUCAUGUCAUUGGAGCUUAUUUAAUUUUUGGAAUAGGGGCUUUUUAUUUGAUCUUGCAAACAUAUUUUACUUACAAACUUCAUAUAGUUAAUUCUAUAUAUAUUAAAACAUCCAGAGUCAUUGCUAAUAUAAUCAUAUGUCUCUCAUUUGUUUUAGUUAUUUUGGGUGCAAUUUUGGCUGGGAGAAAUCCUUUAGAACUUCCUGCUCACCAUAAAUGGACUCCAGGAUCCAAAGGUUAUAGAUGGCAUGUUAUCAGUGCUCUCUCCGAAUGGGCUUUAGCUUUUGCAUUCCUGCUUUACAUGGGAUCUUUUGUUUCCGAGUUUAGGGCAUUAGAAUGGGAUUUUCCUCAGAUUAAAAUAAGAAUUGAAUACGAACCGUUAUUAUACGUUGGGACAUUGAAUAUUAAUCAACCUCGCUCAGAGCCAGAAUAUUCUAACGACUAUCAAAAUAUUGGUGGUGAUCCUUUUCUAGCAAACAAAAUAAAUCAUGUUGUGUAAGGACCACAUAAAUAUUGGUGGAAAUCGUAUGAGUAAAACAAUGAUUUAAAUUUGAAUUCAUGACUCAAUGAUCUGAUCACAAUGAAGAAAAAAGAAGUAGUGAAUAUCAUAUUUUUUUUAAAAAACUAUUUAAAUUAAAAUUUAAAUGUCUUUUAAUUUUAAACAUUUGUUUAUAAUCUUUAAUAUAAUCAAAUGACCAUUUUAUAUUUAUUUAUGAAAUAUAUAUGCGCAGUUUUUAAUUUGUUUUUGCUCGAUCUCAUAGUUCAAUGUGUUUACCUUAGGAAAAGUUAUUUGGUUCUAAUAACAAAUACAAUAAUAUUCAUAUUUAAUAGCAUUCAAAGAAUAAAAAAAAAAUUAUGUUCCUCUAAAUUAUGUCCCCACACAUUUCUAUCGUUCACGAAAUCAUUCAUUAUGUUUAAGCAAGCAAUUUAAUCCUUUGAAUUUUCAACAGGCUCAGCCAUCAGGGAGAUUUAGGGUUCAGGGUUAUUUUAUUUAUUGAAUAAAAUCACAUUAUUACAAUCGAUAAAAUAUAUUAUAUAAUUUAAUAUACUCAUGGAUGUAAAAGAAAAAAAACAAGUUAUAAAAAAAUUAUGAAAUUGGAAAAUUUUCAACAAAAU